CCCCCGUCCGCCGCCAUCGACGAAGAUGCUCUGCCUCAUCGCCUCCUCCUCGCCCUCGCCCUCGCCCUCUCUCCCGCCGCGCCCCUCCCGUCCCGCUGCUGACCGGCCCGGACCGGGGAUCUCGGGCGGCGGCAAUGUGCGGCUGAGCGCGGUGCCCGCGCCGUCUUCGCUUCGCUGGUCGUGGCCGCGGAAGGCCAAGAGCAAGUUCUCUGUUCCCGUGUCUGCGCCAAGAGACUACACCAUGGCAACAGCUGAAGAUGGCUUCGGCGACCUUCCGAUAUACAAUCUGGAUCCCAAGUUCGCCGGCUUCAAGGACCACUUCAGUUACAGGAUGAAAAAGUAUCUUGAACAGAAACAUUCGAUCGAGAAAUACGAGGGGGGCCUUGAAGAGUUCUCUAAAGGCUACUUGAAGUUUGGGAUCAACACAGAAAAUGACGCAACUGUGUACCGGGAAUGGGCCCCUGCAGCAAAGGAUGCACAACUUAUUGGUGACUUCAACAACUGGAAUGGCUCUGGGCACAGGAUGACAAAGGAUAAUUUUGGUGUUUGGUCAAUCAGGAUUUCCCAUGUCAAUGGGAAACCUGCCAUCCCCCAUAAUUCCAAGGUUAAAUUUCGAUUUCACCGUGGAGAUGGACUAUGGGUCGAUCGGGUUCCUGCAUGGAUUCGUUAUGCAACUUUUGAUGCCUCUAAAUUUGGAGCUCCAUAUGACGGUGUUCACUGGGAUCCACCAACUGGUGAAAGGUAUGUGUUUAAGCAUCCUCGGCCUCGAAAGCCUGACGCUCCACGUAUUUACGAGGCUCAUGUGGGGAUGAGUGGUGAAAAGCCUGAAGUAAGCACAUACAGAGAAUUUGCAGACAAUGUGUUACCGCGCAUAAAGGCAAACAACUACAACACAGUUCAGCUGAUGGCAAUCAUGGAACAUUCAUAUUAUGCUUCUUUUGGAUACCAUGUGACGAAUUUCUUCGCAGUUAGCAGCAGAUCAGGAACACCAGAGGACCUCAAAUAUCUUGUUGACAAGGCACAUAGCUUAGGGUUGCGUGUUCUGAUGGAUGUUGUCCAUAGCCAUGCGAGCAGUAAUAUGACAGAUGGUCUAAAUGGCUAUGAUGUUGGACAAAACACACAGGAGUCCUAUUUCCAUACAGGAGAAAGGGGUUAUCAUAAACUGUGGGAUAGUCGCCUGUUCAACUAUGCCAAUUGGGAGGUCUUACGGUAUCUUCUUUCUAAUCUGAGAUAUUGGAUGGACGAAUUCAUGUUUGACGGCUUCCGAUUUGAUGGAGUAACAUCCAUGCUAUAUAAUCACCAUGGUAUCAAUAUGUCAUUCGCUGGAAAUUACAAGGAAUAUUUUGGUUUGGAUACCGAUGUAGAUGCAGUUGUUUACAUGAUGCUUGCGAACCAUUUAAUGCACAAAAUCUUGCCAGAAGCAACUGUUGUUGCAGAAGAUGUUUCAGGCAUGCCAGUGCUUUGUCGGUCAGUUGAUGAAGGUGGAGUAGGGUUUGACUAUCGCCUUGCUAUGGCUAUUCCUGAUAGAUGGAUUGACUACUUGAAGAACAAAGAUGACCUUGAAUGGUCAAUGAGUGCAAUAGCACAUACUCUGACCAACAGGAGAUAUACGGAAAAGUGCAUUGCAUAUGCUGAGAGCCACGAUCAGUCUAUUGUUGGCGACAAGACCAUGGCAUUUCUCUUGAUGGACAAGGAAAUGUAUACUGGCAUGUCAGACUUGCAGCCUGCUUCACCUACAAUUGAUCGUGGAAUUGCACUUCAAAAGAUGAUUCACUUCAUCACCAUGGCCCUUGGAGGUGAUGGCUACUUGAAUUUUAUGGGUAAUGAGUUUGGCCACCCAGAAUGGAUUGACUUUCCAAGAGAAGGCAACAACUGGAGUUAUGAUAAAUGCAGACGCCAGUGGAGCCUCUCAGACAUUGAUCACCUACGAUACAAGUACAUGAACGCAUUUGAUCAAGCAAUGAAUGCGCUCGACGACAAGUUUUCCUUCCUAUCGUCAUCAAAGCAGAUUGUCAGCGACAUGAAUGAGGAAAAGAAGAUUAUUGUAUUUGAACGUGGAGAUCUGGUCUUCGUCUUCAAUUUUCAUCCCAGUAAAACUUAUGAUGGUUACAAAGUCGGAUGUGAUUUGCCUGGGAAGUACAAGGUAGCUCUGGACUCCGAUGCUCUGAUGUUUGGUGGACAUGGAAGAGUGGCCCAUGACAACGAUCACUUCACGUCACCUGAAGGAGUACCAGGAGUACCUGAAACAAACUUCAACAACCGCCCUAAUUCAUUCAAAGUCCUGUCUCCACCCCGCACUUGUGUGGCUUACUAUCGCGUCGAGGAAAAAGCGGAAAAGCCUAAGGAUGAAGGAGCUGCUUCUUGGGGCAAAGCUGCUCCUGGGUACAUCGAUGUUGAAGCCACUCGUGUCAAAGACGCAGCAGAUGGUGAUGCGACUUCUGGUUCCAAAAAGGCGUCUACAGGAGGUGACUCCAGCAAGAAGGGAAUUAACUUUGUCUUCGGGUCACCUGACAAAGAUAACAAAUAAGCACCAUAUCAACGCUUGAUCAGAACCGUGUACCGACGUCCUUGUAAUAUUCCUGCUAUUGCUAGUAGUAGCAAUACUGUCAAACUGUGCAGACUUGAGAUUCUGGCUUGGACUUUGCUGAGGUUACCUACUAUAUAGAAAGAUAAAUAAGAGGUGAUGGUGCGGGUCGAGUCCGGCUAUAUGUGCCAAAUAUGCGCCAUCCCGAGUCCUCUGUCAUAAAGGAAGUUUCGGGCUUUCAGCCCAGAAUAAAAACAGUUGUCUGUUUGCAA